AUGGGUCCCACCCACACCCUUUCAAUUUCAACACAAAAAACUUAACUCCCUCUUCUAUUCAAACUUCAAAUAUAGAUAUUUUUCUCUUUUCUAUCAAUUUUUUGAUCUCUUUUCUUCCAAUUUUGAUCUCUUUUAUUAAUCCAAUAACUCGAUUCUUUUUUCUAUUCCAUCAAAAUCCUCAAAAAUCAUCGAAUGCCGUAACUUUCAAGAAACUAUAAUAUACCGUUCAAAUUUCAACACACGUUUUAUGCUCAAUCACUCAUUAUUCUAUCAUUUUUUCUGAUUAAUUUCUUGUUCAUUAUAAUUAUCCUAAAUUAGUGAUUUUAUUCACUUCAAUUUGAAUUUGCUUAAUUUUGGUAGUUAAUUUACUCGUUUAGAUCUAAAUGAGCCAUGGAAUUAGGGUUUUCUUCUUCUUCUUCUUUGUUGUUGUUGUUGUUACUGUUAUUGAUUUGUAGUUCUCUUGUGAUUUCUGUUUAUGGUGAAUAUAUACAUUGUAACUGUGAUGAUGAUGAUGAUGAUGAUGAUGGAAUUUGGAGUGUUCAGAGUAUUCUGAUUUGUCAAAAAGUCAGUGAUUUUUUCAUUGCUAUUGCAUAUUUUUCAAUUCCUCUUGAGCUUCUUUAUUUUGUUAGUUACUCCAAUGUUCCAUUUAAGUUGGUGUUUCUUCAAUUUGUUGCUUUCAUUGUUCUAUGCGGUUUGACACAUUUACUCAAUGCUUAUACUUACUAUGGUCCUCAUUCCUUUCAAUUGUUUCUGGCUCUCACUGUUGCGAAAUUCUUCACUGCUCUUGUUUCGUGUGCUACUGCAAUUACUUUUCCGACUUUGAUUCCGCUUCUUUUGAAAAUUAAGGUGAGGGAGUUGUUUUUGAGGCAGAAUGUGUUGGAAUUAGGGCAAGAGGUUGGGAUUAUGCUGAAACAGAAGGAGGCUAGUUGGCAUGUUAGGAUGUUGACGCGUGAGAUUAGGAAGUCGUUGGAUAAGCAUACGAUAUUGUAUACUACGCUUGUUGAGCUUUCUAAGGCUUUGGAUUUGCAUAAUUGUGCGGUUUGGAUGCCGGAUGAGGAUAUCAGGGUGAUGCAUUUGACUCAUGAGUUGAAGCCGAAUCCGGGGAGGAAUUUUCAUAGUUCUAUUUCUGUUAAUGAUUUGGAUGUGUUGGAGAUAAGAAAGAGCAAGAGUGUGUUGGUUUUGAGGCUUGAUUCUGAGCUUGGAGCUGCGAGUAGUGGUGGAUCUGAGGAUUCGGGUGCUGUAGCAGCCAUUCGUAUGCCGAUACUUCAUGUUUCAAAUUUCAAAGGAGGGACGCCGGAGUUUGUCGAGACAUCUUAUGCUAUAUUGGUUUUGGUUCUUCCGAAAUCAAACUCUAGGGUUUGGACCUCCCCUGAGAUGGAGAUAGUGGAAGUUGUUGCUGACCAGGUGGCUGUGGCCUUGUCUCAUGCAUCUGUUCUUGAAGAGUCUCAGAUCAUGAGAGAGAAACUUGCAGAACAAAACCGGGCGCUGCAGCAGGCACAAAAGUACGCGAUGAUGGCUAGUCAGGCAAGGAGCUCGUUUGAGAAAGUGAUGAGCCACGGAAUGCGGAGACCUAUGCAUUCAAUCCUGGGAUUGCUUUCAAUGUUUCAAGAGGAUAAUAUAAGAUCCGAACAGAAGAUUGUUGUUGACACAAUAUUGAAAGUUAGCAAUUCGCUCUCACGUUUGAUAAACGAUGUCAUGGAGAUUUCGGCUAACGACAAAGGAAGUUUCCAGUUAGAGUUGAAACAUUUCCAUCUACAUUCCAUGAUGAGGGAAGCUUCUUGCAUUGCAAAGUGUUUGUGUGUAUAUAAAGGCUUUCGUCUUGAAAUUGAUGUGCAGAGGUCUUUGCCUGAUAUGGUAAUCGGCGACGAGGCAAGGUCUUUUCAAAUAAUUUUGCACAUGAUUGGCUAUUUAUUGAACUUAUACGAUAGAGGGACUCUCGUUUUUCAAGUUUCUCUUGAAAGCGAUACUGGUGUGGAUAUGGAUGAUAGAAGUUCCGGAAUAUGGAGAUCAAGUUUGCAAAAUGAUAAUGUAUAUAUAAAAUUUAAUUUCCAAAUAACCGGUACUAGUUCACAUUCAGACGAAUCGAUUUUAACCAGUAAGAUGCACCACGGCAAUGUACCUAAGGAGGGCCUGAGCUUUAGCAUUUGCAAAACACUUGUGCAGAUGAUGCAAGGUAAUAUCUGGAUAUCACCAAACUCUCUAGGUUUGGCACAAGGCGUGACAGUUCUUCUCAAGUUUCAAUUAGGAUCAUCGCAUGGAAGAUUCGUUCUUGCUAAUAAAGAUUUUUCAAAUCAUCAGCUCAGAGGGCUUAAUGUUAUUUUAGCUGAUGAUGAUAAUGUAAACAGGACUGUAACGAAGAAGCUACUUGAGAAGCUUGGUUGUCAAGUAACCGCUGUUUCAUCGGGUUUUGAUUGUUUAGCUGCUAUAACUGCCUCCAGUGUGUCAUUCAAAAUCAUUCUAUUGGAUCUUCACAUGCCUGAAAUGGACGGUUUUGAAGUUGCAAGGAAGAUUCGAAAGUUCCAAAGCCGGAAUUGGCCUUUGAUUAUUGCUCUUACAGCAAGUGCAGAAGAACACAUAAAGGAGAGAUGCCUACAGGUGGGAAUGAAUGGAUUGAUUCGAAAACCUAUCAUCCUACAUGAGAUAGCUGAAGAAAUUAGAACAGUCUUGUUGCGCGCAGAUUACGGAGAUGCUUGUCACUGUCGAACGGAGAAAGAUGAAAUACAAAGUUUUGGUAACGCAUAUAAUUUGAUUAUCUUAUGCGUGUGUAACUUUUUCUUUUUUAAAUAUAUGAACUUAUUUAAACUCUUUUGACAUAUCCUUUUCUAUGUACAUCUAACUUACUGCCCAAGUAAAUACUCAUUUUCUGAAAUUUGAUAUGCAUUAUGGUCCCAUAGAUAGUAGACUUGUGUUCAUGUUUGUAUCUCUUGUUUAUUUUUAUGUCCUAUUUAUAAGAGAAAAUUUACUUUUUAAA